GCUUGUCUCGUUUACGUUGUUGUGUCAGUCAUUAUCGCUGUCGUUAUCACUUUCACUUUUGCAAUAAACAAUGGAAGCAGUGUUGCGGUUUCCCCAUGGUAGUAGCAUACCCGUAUCUUAUUUUCCUUCCAAAUCCGCCAUUUUUCUCAACAAAAGCUCUCUUUCCAUUAAAUUGUGUCGAGUCAUUGCUUCAACUGCUUCCUCUUCUCCCCCUCCUUCCUUUCCAAUAAGACAUACUGGUAAAAAGAGGGUGGAUGAGAGUAAGACCUUGACUUUAGACGGCAUCAGGAACUCUUUGAUUAGGCAGGAGGAUAGCAUAAUAGUCAGUCUUUUGGAGAGAGCUAAGUAUUCUUACAAUGCAGAUGCAUAUGACAAAGAUGCAUUCUUCAUGGAUGGCUUUAAUGGGUCUUUGGUUGAGUACAUGGUCUUGCAAACUGAAAAGCUUCAUUCACAGGUGGGAAGAUACAAGAGCCCGGAUGAGCAUGCUUUCUUCCCUGAAUGCUUACCUGAGCCAGUGCUUCCACCUUUGCAGUACCCGCAGGUUCUGCAUCACUGUGCUGAUUCUAUCAAUAUAAACAAUAAGAUUUGGAAUAUGUAUUUGAAGGAUCUCCUUCCAAGAUUGGUAAAAGCGGGAGAUGAUGAUAACUGUGGAUCUGUUGCUGUUUGCGACACUCUUUGCUUGCAGGCUCUCUCAAAAAGAAUCCACUAUGGCAAAUUUGUUGCUGAGGCAAAGUUUCAAGAUGCCCCUUCUGAAUAUGUAGCUGCCAUUGAAGCGAAAGACAGGAAACUUUUGCUGGAUUUGUUGACAUAUGAAACAGUGGAGGAAUUAGUCAAGAAGAGGGUAGAAAUUAAGGCAAGACAAUAUGGCCAGGUGGUGAAGAUCGGUGAAACAGGCGAUAUAGCCACUCCUGUGUAUAAAAUCAAGCCAAGUUUGAUUGCAAAUCUUUAUGGAGAUUGGGUAAUGCCUCUCACAAAAGAAGUGCAGGUAGAGUACUUGUUGAGAAGACUUGACUAAACAAAGAAAAGAUGACCCAAACAGAAUAUGCAUGGUAGGGUAUUUGUAGUUAUCAGUAAGGGAUGGCCUGGGACACUUAGACUACUUUGUAAAGCUUAACACUGGACAACAAUGGUGCUUUUCUGGUUAGAGAUGGGUGAGUAUUUAUGAAGCUAGUUUAAUGCUUAAGUCAAACAGCAAGACAAAAUAAGGAUAACUGUCUUUGUAUACAAAUAAGCGCACUUAAAAACAUCUCUUAAUGUAUGGAUGGUAUGCUUAUCUAAGUGUUUAGGCUCAACAAGGACAUAUUGUCCACAGCCUCCCAAUUAUGCAGUUGAUAUUAUCAAUUCAAUGUGGGAUGAGACAAGUGAUUAAGAAUUCCGUACAAACUCCCCCUUUUUUUAUGUGUGGA